AUGCUCCUCGCUCUUCCGCGAGCGCGAUGCUCGGCUCUCUUACAAUUUUGCUCCGCCAUCGAGCAGGUGAAACAGAUCCACGCCCAGCUGAUUGUAAACGCUCUCCUCGCUCAGCCGUCCGCCGUCGCCAAGCUGGUCGAGCGUUACCACGCCGUGGCCGGCGGGAACGGCCACGUUCGUCUCAUCUUCCACCAUCACCAUUGCAGCAGCUCUUCGUUGGUGUCCAACGCCAUGCUCCUUUGCACCCGCCCAGAAGACGCUCUGUCCCUCUUCUCCCACCAAAACAAAACCGGCCUCGUCACGCCUGAUCGCUUCGCCUACACUUGCGCCCUCAGUUCAUGCGCUCAACUGAACGCUCUUCUCGGAGGGACGCAAGUCCAAGCGCUCAUCGCCAAGUCUGGGUUCAUGUCCGACGUCGUCGUCAGCACCACUGCGGUCCACUUCUACGCGAGCUGUGGGGACGUCGGCGCGGCGCGGCAAGUGUUCGACGAAAUGACUUCGAGAAAUAGUGUGACUUGGAACGCUCUGAUGACCGGCUUCUGCCUCAAUGACCGCGCGGAGGAGGCGGUGUCCGUGUUCGAUGAGAUGCUGCGACAUGGCUUGCGCAUCACGGAGAGGACAGCGAUCGUUUUGCUCUCCGCUUGUUCUCAGCUUGGCGAUCUGGCCUUGGGCAGCACCGCGCAUGGGUACAUCUACAAGGCUGCUGCGCGUUUCGAAGAUUGUGUGUUCACCGGCACUGGUUUAGUGGACAUGUACUGCAAAUGCGGAUCCCUUACCAGUGCAUCCAAAGUGUUCGACGAUAUGACUAGCAGAAACGUUUUGACAUGGAGCGCGAUGAUAGGUGGGCUUGCCAUCCACGGAGAGGGAAAGGCAGCACUGCGGCUGAUGGAGGAGAUGGUGAAGGCAGGCUUUUGGCCCAACGCAGCCACCUUCACUGGUUUGCUAUUCGCCUGCGUCCAUCGCGGGCUCGUAGACGAAGGCGUCCGCCUGUUCGACGUCAUGAAGAGCAGGUUCGACGUUGAGCCGUGCAUGAAGCACUACGGUUGCAUGGUGGACCUCCUUGGGCGAGCCGGGAUGGUGAGGGAAGCGUAUGAGUUCGUGAAGGCAAUGCCGGUGGAGCCAGACGUCGUCGUGUGGAGGGCUUUGCUGGGGGCGUGCAGAAUACACGGCCAUGAAGAACUCGGCGAGGAAGUUGGGAAGAUUCUGCUGCAGUGGGAGACGAGAUCGGCAAGGAGGGGUAGGGGUGGUUGUGAAGACUUCAUUGCAUUGUCAAACAUGUAUGCUUCAGCUGAGAGAUGGGAGGAUGUUUCAACAAUUAGAAGGGAGAUGAAGAAAAAUACAACAGGAAAUAGACCAGGUCAGAGUACAGUCUGA